UAGGGAGCCUCCCAUGCAAAGAGCUCUUCUCUUCUCUUCUCUUCUCCUCUAUCCUGUCUGCGUAGCUUUCACGUUCCGAUCAGGAUAAAUCGUAUUCUAUCCUGUCUUCCUAUUUCCUCUCCUGUCCCUUAUAUCCUUCUCAUUCUCUUUCGCCCUCCUUCCCUCUCUAUCUCUCCCUCUUCACCUGAGAGCUCUCUUCCGGAGGAAGAUCCUCUCCGCGCCUCGGAUUUCCCUUUGUCGAGAGCUUUCUGGGGUUGCUCCAGGGCAUGGCGAAUCAAGCUGCAGGCGUAAGCUUCCAAGAGGAAUAUGUGGUGAAUUCUAGAGGGUUGAAGCUCUUCACCUGCAGAUGGGUUCCAAGGGGGGAAGCGAAAGCUUUGAUCUUCAUCUGCCACGGUUACGGCAUGGAGUGCAGCAUCACCAUGAACAGCACGGCAAUCCGGCUGGCAAAGGCGGGCUUCGCGGUGCACGGGAUCGACUACGAAGGCCACGGGAAGUCGGAGGGGUUGCCGGGGUUCGUCAACAGCUUCGACGACAUCGUGGAUGACUGCUCCAAUCACUUCACCAGCAUCUGUGAGAAGAAAGAGAACAAGGGGAAGAUGAGGUAUCUGAUGGGAGAGUCGAUGGGAGGAGCGAUGGUCCUCCUCCUGCACAGGAAGAAGCCGGACUUCUGGGACGGUGCUGUCCUGGUGGCCCCCAUGUGUAAGAUUGCAGAGGACGUGAGACCUCAUCCCCUGGUGAUCACCAUCCUAACCAAACUGUGCAGAAUCAUUCCGACGUGGAAAAUAAUACCGACCAAUGACAUAAUCGACCUCGCCUUCAAAGAGCCCAGCGUCAGGGAGCAGGUAAGAGCAAACCCGUAUUGCUAUAAGGGACGGCCUCGCCUGAAAACUGGCCAUGAACUACUGACCGUCAGCAUGGAAUUGGAGAAGCGGCUCGACGAGGUUUCGUUGCCGUUCCUACUCCUGCAUGGAGGGGAAGACAGAGUGACCGACAAGGCGGUGAGCCAGCUCCUCUAUGAGGUGGCCUCGAGCACGGACAAGACGUUCAAGCUGUACCCCGGGAUGUGGCACGGUCUGCUAUAUGGAGAGCCGCCCAGCAAUAUCGACAUCGUGUUCGCCGACAUCAUCAGCUGGCUCGACGAGCGGACUGCUCUCGGGAACUCGAGGCUAGAGAGAGAGCAGAAAAAUGCAGAGGACGACGGCACCACGAAGGCCAAAUAGCGUGUGAAGAUGGAGGAUAAUGAUUUGAUUUACAAUGAAGAGAGAUAACACAGUGCCCUUUCUCGAUUAUCCACGUCCUCCGUGAUUGAGUUCAAGGGAUAGAGCUAUCUUUUUUCUUUUUCUUUUUUGGAAGUGAUAGAGCUAUUUGAGUGAUCAUAUUGAAUUGUAUUUACUUUACGUUUUGUUCGCAAAUAGUCCGGGCAAUUUGUUUGCUGUACAGAUUUACUAUUCAAAGGGAAGAAAAAUGUCCUGAAUUA